UGCAUAAGAAUUUCUACCCAUUAAACAUUACUCUUCCCCUCUCUCUUUCUCUCUCUCUCUCUCUCAGAUCAUCAUGUCAACCGAAGCCAGAAAAGAUUCCACGGAAGCAGCUGGGUCAUCGUCGUCGAUGAGGCCCGGCGCGGCGGCGGAUCACCCGACGACGGCGCUGAGCCGGUACGAGUCGCAGAAGCGGCGAGACUGGAACACGUUCGGGCAGUAUCUGAAAAAUCAAACGCCGCCGGUGGCGCUGUCCCAGUGCAACUGCAAUCACGUGCUGGAAUUUCUCCGGUACCUGGACCAGUUCGGGAAGACCAAGGUUCACUUACCCGGGUGCGUGUUCUUCGGGCAGCCCGACCCGCCCGCCCCGUGUACCUGCCCGCUCCGCCAGGCCUGGGGCAGCCUCGACGCGCUGAUCGGACGCCUCCGAGCCGCCUACGAGGAGCACGGCGGAUCGCCGGAGACCAACCCCUUCGGAAAUGGAGCAAUCAGAGUUUAUUUACGCGAAGUGAAGGAGUGUCAGGCAAAAGCAAGAGGAAUUCCGUACAAGAAAAAGAAGAGAAAAAGAGCCCAAUUGAAGCCCAAUAACGAUGAUCAUCAAGAUCACAAAAAUCACCUACCUUAAAAUCAAAUCAAAAAAAUUCCACCUUGAUCUUCCUCUCAAUUUCCUGUUUCAGGACAAGAAAGCAAUCGAUUAUCGAGAGUGUAUAAAUGUGGAACGAGUUGAAGGGUUUUUCUAUCUGAAAAAAUACUUAAUGUUGUAGAGUUAAUUAUAUAAAGAAAAGAGAAUUGAAAUAAUGAGAAAAAAAAAUUAGAAUAGUAUGCAGCAAGAGUAGCUAGGCUUGCUCCCAUUUCUAGUUAAUUACAAGAAAAUGGCAUCCAACUUGUAAGUUCACUUUUUAGUUUCAUGUUAAGAGGGUGACAAACCAAAGACUAUAUAUACAUUGUCACCUCUUUUACCUGUCACAUUUAAGAACCAUAAAAGUAGAAAAAAAAAUGUCAU